AGUUUCUCUGGUUCAAGUGUUCAACAUUUGCAGAUAGAUAGUCAUCGCGAAUAUGACCACCGCCACCACUACCUGAUUUCAAAUUGUCCACUUGACGCACCACUAUAUAACCACUCUAACCCUUCACCUUUCUCUCCAUCAGUAUCCCAACCAAGACACACAUAAACUCACUCAAAUGGAGCCUGCAGCUUCAGUUCAAACAACAGCACCUUCCCAAUCUCCCUCCUCAGCAGCAGAGCAUGAGAGAAAACUGAUGCAGUCAUGGGAUGACAUGGUUGAAAAAAGCUUAGGAAACUUCGGCUGGAUGGAGUUCCUGCAAGCAGUGCUUGUUGCUGUUGCAAUGUUCUUCGAUGCACAACAAUCUUUCAUCAGUAUCUACACAGAUAACUACCCAACAUGGCACUGUAACACAAACUCAAACUCAAACACCACCACAUGUUCCUCUACCUCUGACAUCUGCAAAAUCCCAAGAUCUUCUUGGUCAUGGGACUCACACCCUUCCAUGACCAUUAUUUCCCACUGGGGGCUUGAAUGUGCAAGCACCUUCAUCACUGGUUUACCCCAAUCUGCUUUUUUCAUAGGUUGCCUUCUAGGCUCCUCUGUUCUCGCAGCUUUAGCUGAUUCCGCUCUAGGCAGAAAAAACAUGCUUGUUUUCUCUUGUGUGUCUAUGUCAAUCACUUCAAUCCUCAUUAUUUUCUCCCCCAACAUCUGGGUCUACUCUGCUUUGAAAUUCCUAAUCGGUUUCUGGCGUUCCUCCAUUGGAACCUGUGUUCUAGUCCUUCUCACAGAAAAUGUGAGUGCAGAGUGGAGGUUCAGGGUGGGGAUUGUGGAGUAUUUCACCUUUACAAUGGGGUAUAUGUCUCUACCAGGCAUAGCCUAUGUCAACAGAAGCCUCUCAUGGAGAUCUCUGUACCUCUGUACUUCAGUCCCUGCUCUGUUUUACUCUGUUCUCGCUUACUUCUUCAUCACAGAAUCACCCAGAUGGCUUCUGAUGCAGGGUAGAGUCAAAGAAGCCAUGAAAAUCCUCAAAGGGGUUACCUUAUCAGAACACAACGCUAACUUCAUAGAAACCUUGAAACCCAAAGAAAAGGUUUCAAUCUUUCAACUCUACUCUUCAGUAGGUGAGCUUUUCAAGAAACGCUGGGCACUGACAAGAAUGGUGGCGGUGAUGGUGCUAGGAAUCGGUGUCGGCAUGGUGUAUUUUGGGAUGCCAUUAGCGGUGGGGAACUUGGGGUUCAACAUUUACUUGGCUGUUGUGUUCAGUGCAUUGAUGGAGUUUCCUUCUUGCAUAGCCACCUAUUUCUUGGAAAACUACAGAAGAAAGCCAUCGAUUUUUGUUUUCUCCUUGAUGGGUGGGAUUUGCUGUGUGAUGUGUGCUGUUGUUGGUGAUAAAUCACCGGGUGCCAAAGUGGGGCUAGCAAUGGUGUCGUUUUUUGGUGCUUGCACGGCUUACAAUGUUUUCCUCAUCUACAUUAUUGAGUUGUUCCCCACAUGUGUGAGGAACACCACAACCUCAUUGGUGAGACAAGCUAUCACAUUUGGUUGCAUUUUCAGUCCUUUUUUGAUAUCUGCUGGGAGGAGAAACAACAUCUUUUCUUAUGGGGUGUUUGGGAUUGUGAUAAUGUUAUCCAAUUUGACUUUGUUUGGGUUGCCUGAGACUAUGGGGAUUGUGCUUUGUGAUACUAUGAAUCAGCAGGAGAAGAAGGAAACGUAUUUGAGUAAAUCUGAGACAAAGCAAGUUGCUAUGUGUGAGAGUGAGACAAUGGAUCAACAAGAGAAGAUUGGAGACUUGCCCGUGUGAACAAACCAGCUGAGACAGUUUCAUCCCAACUCAAUUUGAUAGAUUUUAUCAUAAAUCAAUGUGAUAGAUUUUAGUAGUGCUCAUUUGAUGUAUCUUGUGUCGGUUACCUACUAAUAAUGUUAAUUGUUGAUUCCAGAUUAAUUUUUGGAGUAA